AGCCCAGAACGUCCCACAUACUCGCGCGACAUCAACAACAAUGGCAAACCGUAGUCUGUUUUGGUAGGAGAUUUCUGAUUGGAGCGAGACAGCCCGACAGCUCAGCCGCUGUGUUCACGUCUUAUUUCUUCUUUUAAAUCGGCGAGUUUUAUUUCCCGGACGAGAGUGGUCGUCUAUCGUUACAUUUUCCGUUUUUAAUUUUUUAUUUCGAAAAUGUGCGAGGCGCUGUUGGCAAGCUCACACAGUCUGUGCAUGUGUGUCCCUGCUGCUUUUCUGCUGGGCUACGGCUACUAACCUAGCUGCUUUUCACUCGGUGGUUAGCUAACGUUAGCCUGGCCGCGUUUAUUAACUUGAGGAGGGGAAAACACAAGCGAAUGUAAAGCGAGCUUGUGCUAUCUGUUUCGCGUUCACGGCCGUUAACUAUUUUCCAACCGUUGCUGUCGGCUACGGUAAGAAGUGUUGUAUGAUUUGUCGUAGAAGAUACUUUGCUGGCUAGCUAACAGGCUAGCUAUUUGUGUGUAUUCUUCGACUGAGGAAAACGGCGAGUUUUCUUUGAAAGUAUGGAUGACCAGACCAGGAUGCUGACGGGUCUCACCGGACUCGCUGGACUAGCACAAGCCGAUGUCGGUGACCCAGACUCGGUCAGGAAACAGCAGUCCCUCGGUCAACCUCAGCAAGACAUAGGGGAUAUCCUACAGCAAAUAAUGGCCAUCACCGACGAAAGCCUGGACGAAGCACAGGCCAGGAAGCAUGCCCUGAACUGUCACAGAAUGAAGCCAGCCCUCUUCAGCGUUCUCUGUGAGAUCAAAGAGAAGACGGUACUGAGUAUACGAGGAGUGCAGGAGGAGGACCCCCCAGAUCCCCAGAUCAUGCGGUUGGACAACAUGCUGCUAGCAGAGGGUGUGUCAGGACCAGAGAAGGGUGGCGGAUCGGCUGCAGCGGCUGCAGCAGCAGCAGCAGCGGGGGGCUCGCCUACCGACAGCAGCAUCGAACACUCCGACUACAGAGCCAAGCUCGCCCAGAUUCGCCAGAUCUAUCACUCUGAGCUGGAGAAGUAUGAGCAGGCCUGCAGUGAGUUCACCAACCAUGUAAUGAACCUGCUGAGAGAGCAGUCUCGCACACGGCCCAUCUCUCCCAAAGAGAUUGAGCGCAUGGUGGCCAUCAUCCACCGCAAGUUCAGCUCCAUUCAGAUGCAGCUCAAACAGAGCACCUGCGAAGCCGUCAUGAUUCUGCGCUCACGCUUCCUUGAUGCCAGACGUAAGAGGCGCAACUUCAACAAGCAAGCUACAGAGGUGCUGAACGAGUAUUUCUACUCCCACCUGUCUAACCCUUACCCCAGUGAGGAAGCCAAGGAGGAACUGGCCAAAAAGUGUGGGAUCACUGUGUCUCAGGUCUCUAAUUGGUUUGGCAACAAGAGAAUACGCUACAAGAAGAACAUUGGUAAGUUCCAGGAGGAGGCGAACCUCUACGCAGUGAAAACAGCGGUGGAUGCUGCCAAUGUGUCUGCGCAGGCUAGCCAGGCUAACUCUCCGGCAACGCCCAACUCAGGUGGAUACCCUGCACCGUGCUACACACCUGACGGGCGGCUAUGAGGAGCUGUCGGGUAGUGGCCUCUACACCCCUCAUCGCCUGGAUGCUAACAGCUGGCAGGACACCACCAACCCCCCCUCGGUCACCUCUCCUCCCGGUCCUCCUGGCAGCGUCCACUCCGACACCUCCAACUGAUUCGGUGGCUCUCCCUGCCAUCUCUUCAUUCCCACUGCGGUCUGCUCUGACUACCAUCCUCUGUCCUCAUUUUUCACUAUUCCCUCGUCUCUCAACUAGACAGCCGCAAGAGGCUGCGCGCGCAUUUCAUAAACACCACACUGUGCUGGAACACAGGACAGCCGAACAGUAAUUAGGAGGAGUUCUCCCUCCACCCCACAGCUCCACUUCAACGCUAGAAGCUCCAGAAUAAAAAGAGGGGCGGAGCUUACUGAUGCUGAGACAGAUAGGAAACAUCUUUACUAUCAAGGACUUUUUGAAAAACCACUGACCCAGCUGUGUAGAUGAUCAUGAUGUCUGUACAUUAUGUGUAUAUGCACGUUAACUUCACACAGUACUCACACAGCUUGUCCAUGUGCUGUUGACCUCUGCACUCGACCCUUUGCUUUGGAAAACUGUGUGUGAUUGCCUGUAUCUCUUGAAGCCUUGGCGUUUGACGGCCAAACUGUUGAUACGGAUCACCAGGGAGCUCCCCUCACCUCGCUCGUACCAAAGUGCUGCCCCGGUAGUUGUCAACACAUCUGUUCCUCCGAGAUCACCCUCUGCCAACUCAACACAAGACACUGUUGUAUCUUCCAGUCCUUUAUAGCUCGGUGUUUCAUUCUGUUGGAGAUUUAAAAUAAGUGAGCUGUGCACAGACGUGCAUGCACCCCCCUUCCAUAACACACACCUCACAACUUUUCAGUCGUUUUCACAGUGAGCUGACAUAAAAGAUGUGUCAAGCACAAACGUUAGCAUCCUUGUUAUGGGUGUCUCUACCUGUCAAAGGGUAGUCAAGGGGAUCACUGUUCUAAACCAGGCAGGACAGGUGAUAAUAGGGCUGGUGAGAAGAGGAGGAAAGGGCAGAGAGAGGAGAAUAUCUUUGGUUGAGUGGAUGUAACUAAUAGCCCUUUUUGUUGCUAACCAAUAGAGGGUGUUGGUAGAUGGCUUGUAGACUUUACUUCUUGCUUUCUGUCCACUAGUUUAUUUGAUUGUAGGCUAUUUUCUAAUGCUGUUUCACCAAGAAUGCACCAGCCACCACCAAAAAUGAGCUCAAUAAAGCAUCUAAAUGACGUUGAAGGAGAAGGGCGGAAAGAUUGUGGGGCAUCGAUGUGUUAUUGGGACAAACGUGACAUGAAUUUAGAAACGUGACUGUCUUCCAUGCAUGUAGGACUUCUAGGCGUGAUAUUAUUGUUUUUCAUUUAACCUUCCGAGUUUUUAGCUUCGUUUUUAUUAACAAAAGAAAAAAAAAAUAAAAGGGUAUAAUUAUUACAGUCAGACCAAAAAGGAAAAAGUGCAUCAUGUAUUGCUAUGAUGUGUGUGUCUCUGUGUGGGCGUGUGUACAGUGUUCUUUGGGAUGUCUUAGUCAAACUGGCUGGUGCCCUCUGACCUUUGUAAGCAUUAUAGAGACUGGGUGCUUCCACCAGCCAAUGACACACCAGGUUGGGGGGGGGGAGGGGUUCAACUGAGAUCUCCUCCUUCUCCCCAUCUUGAAACAUUCAAAGCUUGUGAGCCCGAGGCAACACACUACAACCUUCUGUUGUAUCAAAACCAAAAAUACCACGUUCAGCAAUGUAAUAAUGCUACUCUGUGUCUCUCUAAAGUUGGCGCACAGCCACCUUUUCAGUUCGAGGAGAGGAGGGAAUUAUAUUUGUAUCUGUGUCUCUCUGUGUGGUGUUGUCAUGCCUCAAGUUGAUUUGAUUUUUGGGCUUUUUUCGUUGUGGGGCGUCAUGGGAGGGUGGGUGGAGUGAGGACCGUCAUAUCACACCUGUAAUUUGAUUGUGAGCAUAGAAGGUAUGCUCUCCCCUUAACCCAUCCUUUAAUACCUUCUGGUAAAACCACAACUAUUUUGUUUUUAGUUCUAUGGCCGAUUGGGCAAGGGCUUCUCUCUCUCCUCUGUUACCAAAAAAAGAGGCAGCACUGGGUGUGGUAAAACUCAUGUUUAAGAUAAAAACCUGCAACAUUUUUGGGGGAUUUUCAUUCUUUUUGGAACUAUUUUAUACAUUAACUGUUAUGUGAAUAACAAAGCAUUUUUGAUAGUAAGGUACAGCCUUAUGAAGAUUCAAGUGUCAGUCCAGACUUUGUUAAACCAUAUGUUACAGAACAAAACUUGAGCUUAUGAGCUGGUCACACAUGAUAUCCCACAUCUAAUUACUCGUUUUGUUACUCAUCGCAGUUCAUACGACUGUAUCUUAUGAAAUAACGUUAUCGCCACACCAAAUUAUCAUGCCCCCCCUCCCCCUUUUUCUACCUGUUGUAAUGGAUGUCACUGUACAGUUUGUGUAAUGUUUCAGUAUUUUUUUUUUUUUCUUUUAUAAACUUUGAUGUUUUGGUUGAGAUGCCAGUUUUAUUUGGCCUUUGUGUCACAGGAUUCACGAUAACUCUGUAUCAACUUUGAAUAUUAUUUAGGUCUUUUGUUACAUAACCGGGUGGCAAUGUGGGGUUUAAGGGUGUUACGUUUGGUGCUGUGGAAAUAUCAGUUGAAGUUCUCCAGUGGACAUUAUUUGGUGUAUCAACCAACCUUUUCCUGUCACUACAAAUAUUUACUCAUUUGUGCUUCCUUUAAUUUCAAAAUCAUUUUCUGAUUACUUGAAAUCAGAACUUUCAGUUUUAGGGCUGCACCUAACAAUUAUUUUCACUGUAAAUUUAUCUGUGGAUUAUUUUUGGUCUAUAAAAUGUCAGAAAAUUAUGAAAAAUAUGAAACCGUGUUUCCUGAAGCCCAAGAUAACAUCCUCAGAUGUUUUGUUUUGUCCAAAUGUUCAGUUUACUGUCAGAGAGGAGCAAAGAAACAAGAAAUUAUUCACAUUUAAUAAGCUGGUAUCAAAGAGUUUUUACUUUUUUUCUCAAAAACGUACUCAAACUGAAUGAUAGUUGGCGACUGACUUAAUAGUUGACAACUAGUUGAUUGAUCGUUGGAGAUUUAUUCUGUCAAUGCUGUGGCAAAAAGGAGUUGUAAAACUGUUUAACAGUCUAAUGGACGGUUAUUAAUUCAUGCUCUUGGAGCUUCACAUUUACUAGCCUUCUACAACUUAAUGUGAAGGUGCAGAUGUUGCCUGUUUUGUGGAACGUUAAUCUUAUUAACCCUAGGGUUUACACAAAUCAAUAAUCACCUUCGCAAGGGUUCAGUUUGUCAGCAGGGAAACUACUGGCCUGAGUUUCCUGAGACUUGGUGGAAGUGUAAAGCAUGGGUGAAAGAAGAGCCGAUCUGAGUCACAGGACUGAUACACAAAUUAUUUUUCACUUUUGUUUGGCUUUGACUGAGGUUUGCACUCGAGAGCGCCUCUGGUUUUUAAUGCUUUUAUGUUUUACUCUCAUACUCUGAGUAUGCAAACAGUACUUAGCAGAAACAGGAAUUUUGGGGGGGACGGGGGGGGGGGGGGGUUGGUGGCAACUAUAAGGCCGACUUUCACAUUAAAGCAGAUGCACCAAUAAUGUCAACACACCUAAAAUAAUGCGUACAGCAAAAACUUUCGCGCCUGAUCAUUCACUGUAAACAUUUAGUGAUAUUUUUGCAACAGAUCUGCAAACCUUGAACACCUACUUUUUAUGUUACCGUUGAUCAUGUUUAAAUCUCGUGACUAAAUGACUUCCACAGCACCAAAUGGCUCCUGAAACCCUUUUGAUUUCUUUGUUUUUAUUCUUAGUAUAUUUGUAUCUCCCCUCUUUCCCUUGUAUUUACCCCUCUCUCUACCUCUGUCUUUCCAUUUCUCUUGUAUAUAACCCCCACUGUUUUCAGACUUGUGAGUCUGUAUGAACUCCUUUUAUACCUCAACUUUAGAAUUGUUCUAGAAAGAGUAAAACAAAAAGGAAGAAUAUGACAAAUUGUAGUGUUCUUAUUAGAAAAUUAAUAAAAAAUGAUUUAGUGUGAUUUUUCAGUAUUUGAUUUCAGAUUUUAGGAGUGUUUCAUUUUAUAA